GUGGCAAAGCACCUCUGAGCACAGGCAGAGUCCUCCCUGCGUACCCUCCGCGCCUCUCCAGCUACACGGAGCCACCGAGGCCGCCUCAUGCAAAUGAGGCGAGGCGGAGGGCGGGAACCUUCCCCGGCGGGCGGCCCAAGCGCGCUCCUACCUGGCCGCCCGAGCGCAACAAAGCAAGCGGGAAGAGGCGUGUGGGGAGAAGCCGGCCGGGGAGGGUCUGGGGUGCCAGCCAGGACGAAAACCAGGGCUGGAUUUGCAGCGCCCCAGCCAAGCGAAGCAGCCGGGGAUGAGCCGGCGAAGGCGGAACGGCCCCCGGGUACUUCUCCAAGAUACCAAAGAAAACUUGCCAUCCCUUCACAAUGGGGGCUGUACCCAGGACUCUACUGCCAUGCCUUUGGUUCCUAGCAGGACUCCCAGUGGAGCUCUGCUUAGCUCAGGCCACUCCUGCUCCCCCUCCACCACCGGGUUGUGGUAAAGACUUGGACUCCAUCUACUACAAUCUCUGCGACCUGUCCGUAGCCUGGGGUAUUGUGUUGGAGGCAGUGGCCAGUUUUGGUAUUGUGACCAGCUUUGUCCUCACUGUUGUCCUUGUGGCCAGUGUGCCUUUUGUCCAGGACUACCGGAAGAAAAGCUUAAUAGGGACUCAAGCUUUCUUUUUGCUGGGCACCUUUGGGCUCUUCUGCUUGACCUUUGCCUUCAUCGUCAAGCAAGAUUUUUCCACGUGUGCCUCCCGACGCUUCCUUUUUGGGGUCCUCUUCGCUAUAUGCUUCUCCUGCCUGGCAGCCCAUACUCUGAGUCUCAACUUCCUGGCCCGACGGAAUCAUGGUCCCCGGGGGUGGAUGGCCUUUGGCAUGGCUUUGCUCCUUGCCUUGGUCGAGGUCAUCAUCAACGCUGAGUGGCUCAUUAUCACUGUGGUGAGAAGCGAGAGUGCAUCUCAGGACCCCUGCAAAGUCAGCAAUGAAGACUUUGUCAUGGCGCUCAUCUAUGUCAUGUUCUUGCAAGUGGCUACCUUUGUGGCAGCCUGGCCUGUCUUGUGUGGACGUUACAAGCACUGGAGGAAACAUGCCGUCUUUAUUCUCCUCACUACCUCAUUUUCCAUGGCCAUCUGGGUAGUCUGGAUCGUGAUGUAUGUUUAUGGCAACCAGCAGAGAGGGGGACCAACUUGGGAUGACCCUACGUUGGCUAUUGCUCUUGCCUCCAAUGCCUGCAUCUUUGUUUUCUUGUAUAUCAUCCCUGAGAUUUCUCAAGUGAUCAGACCAGGACCUGAACAGACCUAUGAGGACGACAUCUACCCCACUAGGGGAGUGGGGUAUGAAACAAUCCUCAAGGAACAGAAAUCCCAGAGCAUGUUUGUGGAGAACAAGGCCUUCUCAAUGGAUGAACCUUCUUCAGCCAAAAAGCCUGUGUCCCCAUACAGCGGAUACAACGGGCAACUGCUGACAAGUGUCUACCAGCCCACAGAGAUGGCUCUGAUGCAUAAAGGGCCUUCUGAAGGGCCCUACGAUGUUAUUCUCCCUCGUGCCACAGCCAACAGCCAAGUGAUGGGCAGUGCCAAUUCCACCCUGCGAGCCGAGGAUGCCUAUAUUUCACAGAAUAAGCCAGCAGCGGCACAGAAGGAUGGGAAGAGCGGGCAGACCUCAUCACCAUACAGCAAGAACAGAUGGUAGGCGCUUUGCCUUGAUUUUGGCAGGUCCUGUUCCUGGAGGAUGAUGCCUUGCAGAACCUGCCUUCACGAAACAUCUAAUUGGGGCAAGGCCUCAGUUAGAGGUUAAGGUUUCAUCUUGAGAACUGAGACAAUUCCAUUUCUUUGCUUUAUGCAUAUCUCAAGUGCUCCGCUUGACUUCCGCUCCAGGAAAUCUGGAUCCCUUUGCUGGGAUGAUUCUUUUAUAUUCUCAACAAUUUCCUUGCAGCCUUCAGUCAAGUUCUUCUUAGUACCCCCUGUGCUAGCCAGCACACCGGAACCUUCCUUCCCCACACCCUCUAUCCAACUGGGGUGGAC